GACGAGCUGUCAAACAUAUGCAUUAAUAUUAUUUCAGUUAUUUCGGGUUCUGCUUUACGUUUAGCCCGCAGCUGUCUGGCCCAAACUGCAAGCUGGUUGAACGUCACCUGUAUGGCUGCCAACAUCAACAUUAAACACAUGAGCAUGUGACCGAGGACCACGGUAUACAGCACAUGAUCCGGACAAGUGGAGGAGGCUAAAAUCAAUCAGGGGUAAAUUAUUUCAAAGUGGUUGAUCAGGAGUAAAUAGCCAUGACAACAAAGACAUCCCUGCUUAAAGUCAUCCUGCUGGGUGAUGGUGGCGUAGGAAAAAGCUCCAUCAUGAAUCGUUAUGUCACCAACAAGUUUGAUGCACACCUUUUCCACACCAUUGGCGUGGAGUUCCUCAACAAGGAACUGGAGGUAGAUGGCCAUCAGGUUACCCUACAGAUCUGGGACACUGCUGGCCAGGAGCGCUUCCGCAGCCUGAGGACUCCUUUCUAUCGUGGCUCUGACUGCUGCCUGCUCACCUUCAGCGUAGAUGACAACCAGAGUUUUCUCAACUUAGGCAACUGGAAGAAGGAGUUCAUCUACUACGCAGACGUCAAGGAGCCGGAGAAGUUUCCAUUCGUAGUCUUGGGCAACAAACUGGACGUGACGGAAAGGCAGGUGUCUGCUGAGGAGGCUCAGCAAUGGUGCCAGGAAAACGGUGACUACCCCUAUUACGAGACCAGUGCAAAGGAUGCCACCAAUGUAGCUGUGGCCUUUGAGGAGGCGGUGCGUAGAGUGUUGGCUUUGGAUGAAAGAACGGACCACCUCAUCCCCACAGACACAGUCAAGCUCCACAGAAAGCCUCGCUCUGCUGCCACUUGCUGCUCAUAACAUCCAGGAGUUAUUAACAUUAAUUUGCUGUCAUGCCUGUUAUGUGUUGAGGCUGUAGGUUUACAAUGCUGUAGUAACAUCUUAUUUAAACAAAUUAUGCUACUGGCACUAUGAUUUAUUAUACUGUUGAAGGUUUGAUAAUGCUAAAAAACAUACCUCUAUUUAAAGAGAAAGAGGAAACACUAAAUUCAUCCCAGUACAAUAAUCAUGAACUCAAUGAAUCAUUCACUCAGCUCUGCCUUUGUUCAAAGUUCAGGAGGGCUUAAAAAGAAACUAUAUGUUGUGUUGGCCCAAAACUUAAUGUGGGGAACAAAUAAGUCUGUCUUGAUUGAACCAAAACAGCACAUUUGAAAACUUGUGCUCCCAAUAUGGUUAAAUGUUCCAUUUUUCAUUCAUGCAAAUUAUAAUGUGACUCCUAAAAUGUGUACUACCUUGGGAGUGUGGUCAUCACAGAGUUCCUGAACUUUGCUCCUAAAUGUAAUAAUGCAGAUACAGUGAUGGCCUAUAUAUUUAUAUUCAGAUAACUGCAUUAUUUAUACAACCUAAUACCCUUAUUUCUGAGAAUCAUGAAGUAGCUCAGGCACUACUGUGCAUGACUAACAAAUUGAAGCUUGUCGUGAUUAUUGCACCUUUAGGUCUUAUUUGUGCACAUUCUGCUUAGUGAGUAGACUGUGUGUGCUGGAAGCACUGAGGGACAAUAUCCCCAACAGAGAAUUACUAUUAAAGCAACGUUAACAUGCAUGGCAUAUGGUGUAUUUAAGUUUCUGGAAACUUUUGUAUUUUGUAAACCGUUUUUACCUUUAAAAAACAGCCUUCACUCAAUCAAUAUUGCCUUGAGGAAAGGGUAAUGAAAGUCAUGGUUGAGUAAACCUUUUUCCUCAUUGUUUGGUUCAUUGUUUAAAAUAAUUACUUUGAUCUUUCAAGCACUCUAUUAACAUUUUUAUACUUGCAGUUCAUAGUCUUUCCCCCAUAGCUUAAUAUUCAAAAUGCAUUUAUUUUCCUUAACUGUUUUUUCAUUCACAUUUCAUUUAUUUUCAGAGCUGUACAACUGGUAUGCCAAACGAUGAAUAAACCCCUUGAGAAUUGUCUCUUAAAGCAUGUUUUGUAACCUGAAAGAGUUGGUUUAUUAUCCCAAGAACUGAACUGAAUGUUGACAUUCUGCUUUGCUCUGAAACUCUGCAAUGACAUAAUGACUAAAAUUAAGAACCGUAAGUCCCUAACUAUGUCAAGACACAAAAUUGUGUCUCUUAUUAAAAAUGUUUUUUUCCAUUAUUGG